ACUAAUUAUUUAUUAUAUUUAUCUAUGUACUUAUUUAAUUAUUUAACAAUACGAUGCCAGUAAGGGAUCUAUAUCAACGAACCUUCUAUUCUGACAUUCCUGAAGAUGGCAAGGAAAUUGAAAUCUCUAAUAGUAAAAAGUUUGGGCUUCUGUUUUUUAAGUUAGCAACUAGAGAAUGGCGAGAUUGGGUUUCUAAAAUUUUAGUGAUAUUUUCCCCAUCUAUUUUUCUACUAUAUUUUAUUGUUUUGCGGAUAUUAAUCAGUGUUGAAAAACAACCUGUACAAAAAUACGACCCAAUUGAUUUGGAAGAUUCAUGGAUUUCGAUGUUGCAGUUGUAUACAGAACGUAAGGAUAAUCUGACUUUGGAGUUAUUAUCAAAUAAUAUCAUGACUCUUGAAGAUAUUAUCAAUAAUUUUCCUCAUGAUGUAUAUAUACCACGACUUAUUGUCUCCUAUGCCCCUGGGAAUCGUGAAGCAUUUGUCCAAAUAAUGGAAUUGGCAGCAGAAAAAUUAAAUCGUAUUGAAUUGAAAUCCUUCGAUACUUGCAAACAAUUGCGUGAAAAUAUGAUAGUUAAUUUUUACUUGGCUGGAGUUUGUUUCGACGAAGAAAUACUAAUUUCGGAUCCUACCGAGUCUAAAUAUUUAGUUGGUAUUUAUCCGAAUAGACUUAAUUUUUCUCUUAUAUUUCCAAGCGAACUGCGGAACUAUCACGAUUCUUUCAUUGGCGGGAAUUGGAAAUCAGAUGUGUUAUUUGAUACACGUGCUAAGUUGGAAGAUCGUCUCAGUGAAGAUAAUGACGGCGGCUACGUUGGUUAUGUACGCGAAGGUUUUAUUCCGUUACAGGAUGCAAUCUCAUCUGCAUACAUUCGAUUAUCAAGAAAUCUUUCAGAAAUUAUUAAUGUAAAUUUGCAACGUUUUCCGUAUAGUUCACACGACUUUGAUGAAUUGACGAAUAAAAUUGAAAUAAGUUUUCCUCUCGCAAUAAUAUUAGGAUAUGUAUUUCCUAUAAUCAAUUUAAGCAAGCAUAUAAUGUAUGAUGACAAGAAAGGUGUAAUGGCUGCACAAAAGAAUUUAGGAAUACCUUAUUGGUUACAGACCUCCGUUUCAUUUUUUAAUGGAUUUCUUAACAUGUUUGUUGGCUCAUUCUUCGUAUCUUUGUUAAUUGUGUAUCACUGGAAUAAAGGCGCUGGUAUAUGUGGCGAUAGUUCGUGGAGCACUAUUUUGUUUUUAUUUACAGCUUUCAACCUCGCAUCAGUUGCAUUUUGCAUGCUGGUGUUAUCCUUUAUCAGUCGUGUAGAAUGCUCACAUAUGCUGCUUGUAAUUUUAUGGAUUAUCACUUACUUACCCUAUAUGCAAAAAAAAAACGUUUCCUCGGAAAAUUUCUCAUCUGUGAUUUAUGUAUAUCUAUUUUCAAAUUCGGCAAUGGGAGAGGCACUAACCAACCUACAAGUAUAUGAGGAAUAUAAUUAUGGCAUACAUUGGGAAAAUUUGUUCGCUUCAGCAAUCAUAAAUUCAAAAUUCAGGACAGGAUCACUAAUUUUAAUUUUAUUAGCACAAACAGUAGUGUAUAUGGUAAUCGCAUUAUCUGUGCAAAAAAUAAGUUUCAUUACCAAAAAAAAAUGGAAUUUAAAUACUGCUACUAUAGACACUCCAGGUUCUACAUACGAACAAAUGACAAAUCGCUUCCGUAAAACUGAAGUUAUCGAAGUUGAUGUAGGAUACAAAAAAGUUGUUGUGGAGUUAAGACGUGUAACUAAGGUUUAUGAUAAAAUACCUGUACUACAUAACGUGUCAAUGACUAUGUGUGAGGGCGAAAUCACCGUGUUAAUGGGACACAACAGUUGCGGUAAGACGACACUAUUAUCCAUGAUUGUGGGCCUUAUUCCACCAACAAGUGGCACAAUUAUUGUUAAUGAUUAUAAUAUAUGUAAGCAUCCAGAACUAGGAUUAAAAAAUAUUGGUAUAAGUGUCGGUGAAACCAUGCUAUUUACUAAUCUAACAGUAAGGGAACAGCUUUCAUUUUUCUGCUCUAUUAAGGGAAUGGAUUUUGUAGGUACACAAUUGGAAGUUGAGAAAUAUAUGGCUUAUAUGAAAAUAACAGAUAAAAGUGAAUGGCUUACUCAAACUCUGUCAACUGGCGUAAAACAAUAUUUGGAAGUUUGUUGCGCUCUAAUUGGAGGCAGUAAAGUGGUUAUACUUGAUGAACCUAGUAUUGGCAUGGAUAUGGUAUCACGCAAAUUGCUUUGGAAAUUAUUGCUAGAAGAAAAGUUUCAUCGAACAAUUAUCCUGACUACUCAAUCUUGUGAUGAAGCUGAUUCCUUAGGUGAUCGCAUAGCAAUGAUAUCUGGUGGGAAACUUCAAUGCUGUGGUUCAAGUUACUUUUUAAAAAACAUGUAUUGCAGCGGUUAUCGUUUGACAAUUAUUAGAGGAGCGUAUUGUGUAACAGAACAUGUUACUGCAAUAAUAUCAGAAUACAUACCGGACGUUCAGCCUGAAUACGUUCUCGGUAACGAAAUCUCCUACAUACUUGAUGAGAAGUAUUUGCUUAAUUUCCCUGAGCUGCUUGAUAAACUUUAUGCGGAACGAGAUACUCUCAAUAUACUCAGUUGGUCGAUUAGUGAGAAAUCUUUACACGACGUAUUUAUGCAAAGGGGUAGCGAAGUACCAAGUUUUGGUGAACGGAAACGCCAUACGCAGAUAAUGAGUGGAAUAUCUUCAAAUGAGCAUGAACAUAGCAAAUUUCUAACCAUUUUUGAGUACGAACCACUCAAAGGCUGUCAAUUGUGGAUCAGUCAAACCUAUGCAAUGGUUUUAAAACGAGCUGCUUUCCAAAAAAGCUACAAAGCUUUGACUUUAUUACAAUUCACUACUCCUUUUAUAUUUCCGCUAUUAUCUCUUUUUUUUACGAAAUUAAAUAUUCAUCGUCAUCAAAUAACUUCAAUGACAUAUAAUAUAAAUCAAUAUUCAAAAUCUACAACAGUUUUACAUACAGCGCAUAAUUUAGAAACAACGAUCUCAGAUAUGUCUGACAUGUAUCGAGAAAACGUAUUUUGGUAUUCCAAGGGACAUAGGCUUGAAGUGUGUGAAAAUGAUGACUUUGAACCAUAUAUUAUACGAAAAAUUGAAGAUCGGGCCGAUUUUGUAAAUCAUGACUACUUAGUUGCAGCGAGUUUUAAAAAUGACGCAAUAACAGCUUGGUUUAAUAAUUAUCCAUUGCAUACGGCUCCACUAAGUCUUAAUAUGGUAUAUACUGCUAUAGCACAAACAUAUGAUACAAAUUCUUAUAUAACUGUUUCGUUCGAACCUCUACAUUUCUAUACAAAGUUCACACCAACUUUGGACACGUUAUGGAGUCAAGAAUCGAUAGGAUAUUCCCUUCCUCGUAAUGUUGCACUUUGUUUUGCCAUCAUGUGGCCAUUUCGUUGCACCUAUUUCACAGAAGAACGUGUUUCCGGGUUUAAGCUUCUUCAAGUUAUAUCAGGAUUAAAAAAGCCUAUUUACUGGCUAUCUUCAUUCAUAACAAAUAUGGUGUUUAUUACAAUGCAAAGCGUUAUAAUAGUGCUUAUUAGUAUAUGUUUCAUUUACUCGAAUUUUGGACAAUUUAAUAUAGCAAUAUGGUAUCUACUUGUUCUCAUAAUAUCAGGAGCAACUACCAUGACUUUGACGUAUGUAAUUUCGCUUUGUUUCGAUGACUCUCAAACUGUAUAUGGAAUUGUAGUCAUAUCGCUCCUCUUAAAUAUUGUUUGUCAUUGUUUGCACUUUGAAGUUUUCUACAGGGGCGAGGAAAGCUACGGGCGAGGAGAUGUUCUGCACGUGAGUUACCAAUGGCUUUUUUGUAUACUUCCAUUCAUUUCACUAACUAGAGCGCUUGAAAAAAUUUUUCGAAUUGGAAACUUAUCUGCUAUGUGUAGAGAUAGAACUAUAUCUACAAUAUCUAAAUACAUGGAGGACUGUAAAGUAACACCUAACUGCUGUGAACCACUUCAUCCAUUUCAAUGGGGAACUGGUAUAAAAAGAGAAAUCACAUGCCUGAUGUUCACAUUUACAAUAUCUUGGAUAAUAAUAAUUUUAUAUGAGAAUAAGUACAUAAAGUCGGAAUUUAAGAUGUCUAAAAAAUUAAAACAUAUACAAGAAAAUGUUGCUAUAGCUGAAUAUGAAAGUCGACAUAGUGAUAAAAUGCUUCAAGUUGAAGAAAAUGUAAUAAGUGAAAAACUUAAAAUCGAUCAUAUGACACAUGAAGAUUACUUCAGGACUCCACUUAUUUGCAAUCGUAUAAGUCUGUACAGAAAAGGCUUUAUAACAAUAAAGGAACUUUGUUUAACCGUAAGCAGAUUUGAAUGCUGCGGACUUCUUGGCACAAAUGGAGCGGGCAAAUCAGCUCUUCUUAAAUUGCUUAUAGGCUAUUUGCCAUUAAGUGAAGGUAAAAUAUUUGUCGAGGGAAUUUCUUUCCAUACACAAAAGGCUGAAGUUUAUAAAAUAAUCGGAUACACAGCAGAUAGAAAUUUAUUUAUGUUGGAAUAUACGGGUGGAGAAAUUCUAAAAAUUCUUUCACUAUUACGUGGAAUACCGCGCAACAAAAUAAAUCAUUUCAUUAAUAUUAUAUCCAAAAUCUUAGGCUUAAACAAGUUUUUAAAUAUGUCAAUAAGAUAUUACUCAAUGGGCUACAAAAGACGAUUAAACUUUGCCGCCGCAUUAAUAGGCAACCCCCAUCUAAUCUACUUAGAUAAUCCAACUCUUGGAAUCGAUAGCGCUGGUUGUCGAGUAUUAUGGAAUAUGAUAUCAAAACUACAAAGGAGUGGUAAAGCUAUAUUCUUAUCUACCAACACGAGCACCGAAUGUGAACUGUUAUGUAGUAAAGUUGCUAUUAUUUCUAAAGGUAGGCUUUGUGCCAUUGGCGUACUAUCCCUAUUAAAUACCACACUAGCUGAAGGAUAUUUGUUUAAAGUAAAGGUGAAAAGUAUAACGAUGCAAGCUAUUCUGCGAAAAAAAAUUAUUCGCAAUCAAUUCUUUAGCUUACAAACAUUUAUGGAAUCUCAGUAUCCGAGCGCAUAUGUGAGAGGAAUAUGGGGUAAUGUUAUAAUAUACACUAUACCCUAUGAAAGUCAAGUAUCUAUAUCAGAUAUUUUUAGUAAGAUACAAAGUAAUUCGUACAAUUUGAAAAUUGAAGAUUUUCAGUUGUAUAGCAAUUCGGUUUCAAUGAUGUUCCAUACAAUUGUAUAGCUACAAGACAAUUUCAUUACUACCGCAAAAAAGUUAAUGUAUUUAACUUCAUAUUAUAAUAUGUAGAUGUACUAUCAAACAAAUUAUUAAU